AUGAACGAAAAUAAUUUUAAUGAGUUACUGCAGCUAAUUUCCCCACUGAUUAAAAAAACAGACACAUGUUUUCGUGAAGCUAUUCCAGCAAGUCAUCGUUUGGUCUGCACUCUCCGCUUUUUGGCCAGGGGCGAUAGCUACAAAAGUCUUUCAGCUUUUUUCCGUAUUGCCCCAAACACUAUCUCAAAAUUUGUUCCUGAAAUUUGUGAUGCGAUUUACAGUCAACUUCGAAAUACUUACCUGAAGAUACCUUCAACAAAAGAAGAAUGGGCUGAAGUUGCUUCGAAAUUCCAUUUAUUAUGGAACUUUCCUAACUGCAUAGGAGCAGUUGACGGCAAGCAUGUGGUCAUUAUCGCACCAGCAAAAUCAGGAAGUACGUUUUACAACUACAAAGGAACUCACAGCAUAGUGCUUAUGACAGUUGUUGAUGCCAGUUAUAAAUAUUUGUAUAUUGACAUCGGCUGUAACGGGCGUACUUCAGAUGGUGGUGUUUUCAGUAAAUGUUCUCUGCAGCAUGCCCCCGAUAUGGAUUCUCUAAAUUUACCACCUCCUCGUCAUUUAUUAGGUCGUGAAAUGAAUGUACCUUUUGUUUUAGUGGCAGACGAUGCAUUUAAAAUACAAAAUUAUUUGAUGAAGCCGUAUCCUGGUCGCAUUUUAUCUGGUAGCAAACAUGCAGAGGGUUUGGAUUUUGUGUCACUUCUGGCAGCUGUUGGUGGUGGCGUUACAUCUGCAUCUACAUCUAGUGUUGAGACAGACGAACUACUCUUGCAGCGAUCAUGCAAACAGUAG